GUUAAAUUCGAGCAAACUUCGUGGUACCAGCCUUUGCAUUCAUUGCACUGAGCGGAGGCUCUUCUUAUUCAAUCCAUAACCAUCUGAACAAAUUCACUUAUCUUGUCCGAUGAGAUUGAAGGUCUGAGUUAUUUUUGCGCCGGAUUUAAGACUUCGCGGUACGCUGGGCGUGUUUGCCACAGUUUCGGAAUGGCUAGCAUUGCGGGUAAACGUAUUCAAAAAGAGUUAGCUGAGCUGAUGAAAUCAGAUGAAGCAGCACAGAAUCAGUUGGAAAUAAAACCUUGUAAUGAUGACAUGAUGCAUUUAUGUGGUCUUAUCAAAGGCCCACCGGAUACUCCUUAUACUGGUGCUGAAUUCAAUUUAGACAUUAUAAUCCCUGAAAAUUACCCAUUUGUUCCCCCAAAGGUUAAAUUUAUCACCAAAAUUUGGCAUCCUAAUAUUAGUAGUGCCACUGGUGUAAUUUGCCUUGAUGUACUAAAGGAUCAGUGGGCUGCUGCUAUGUCAUUACGUACUAUACUUCUAUCUAUUCAAGCAUUAUUAGCUUCUCCAGAACCAGAUGAUCCACAAGAUGCAGUUGUUGCUAAUCAAUAUAAAAGUAGCAUAGACGCCUUUAAUCGAACUGCACGUCAUUGGGCAGGCAUUUAUGCUAAUGGACCUGGAUGUGAUCCUCAUUGUGUUGACUUAGUAGAUAAACUUGUUCAAAUGGGUUUUGAUGAGGUAAAAUAAUUCUUUGGACUGUGUGUUUGCGUUAUUAAGAGAAUUGAAUGAUGAGUGCAUAGUGUAAAAUCUUUGUUGUUCUCUAUCUGUCCCAUUCAUAUAACACUGAACAUCUGAUAAUAUGUUUGCAUAUGUCGUAAACACUUGGUUUAAUUGAAUGUCAUGUAACUUUAUUAUUAUGUAGGAACAAGAAGCGAUACUUAGUGUAAAUUUAGUGAUUUCUAAUUAAUUUACCCCACGGCAUCUCACAGAAGUAAGUCCGUUUGUUGUAACCAAAAAGAAUAAUAAUAUGUAAUGACAGUCGCUUUCAUACUAUCAUGAAACUUGUCUUAUAGAAGAAAAAUCGUAGAAGCAUGCGUUUACUAUCAGUCUUUGUGAUAAUCCGUUAAGAAAUAAUCAUGGUUUUUAUGUCUUACUAGCUAUGUGAUUGCCGAUAGUGUACCGGGGACUGGCGUGGUAAAUAAAAUCUAUUUAUGUACAGUAAAAGCUGUAGCCUAAUCUAAUCUGACUGACCUUUAACACCGUUGAGAUGCUAGUGUAGACGUUAAAGCUUGUAUGUACAACACAUUGAUGAGAACACUUCUCUAUUAUACUUACGAAAGCUGUUGUCUCCAAGUUGAAAACGUUCAUCGAUUUUAUGUUUUCAGUCAUUAAAAGGCUGGGAAAUAACCUUAUAUUAUUUAUUUAAACGCACAAACAUAAGUACAAGAAGGCACCAAAUAGAUAUGCGCCACAUAAAUCAUUCGAUUUGUGUGAGGACUGGAAUACUGACCGGGUGCCACAACCUGAGUCUUUGACCUAAAGCUGUGAUCCACAAGGCAGUGGAGCAACGUCAGGAGAUGCAAUCCCAUGGUAGCCGGUGACCAACGAUUGGUUCAUAAGUUAUUUGUUCCCUUCAGGAUGCUGAAGCGCAUGUGCACCAUUGGUUUGGAAUCAGGAUUUUCCAAAUCACCUAGGUGGAUCCUCCAUAUCCACCGACCUGUGAAAUAGCAUUUAAUUAAUGUCGUGAUUUGGCAAUGUAUAUUUAUUUGUAUCGAAUAGUCUCUGUUCAUUAUUUAUGAAAAUUGACUCUAGGAGUAUUUCACUGUAUUUUAAGAACAUCCAUCGGUAUCUCAUUGUAAUUUGUAUUUGUGUAAGUGUGUGUGUAUGUGUUUGAUCAUCAUUCUCUCUAUUUCUAUCAUCAUAGCAUGAAGCUUGUCGUGCAUUGUCCAUGAAGAAUUGGGAUUUAGCAAUGGCAACAGAACAUUUGAUAAAAUGAUUUUUUUUUUCUUGAACACAUAAAAAUGUAUCGAUAAUUUUAUUAGUUAUAUUUAUAGAUUUAUUAUGUAACUAACGGUUUGUUGAAUAGUUAAGCGUAUCACUUUAAUGUCUACUUCCUUCUUCCUAUGUAUCCUUCCUUAUUCUCUUACUCUUUUGCCAAUUUCUAUGCAAAUUCUCAAUGAAUUUUCUAUACUCACGUAUGUAUGCCUCAUUUUUUUUUUAUAAAAGAAAAAGCUUAUCAAAAUGAAUUGAAUUCCUUUAUUUCUGCAUUACUGCUUGCCUGCCUGCCUGCCUUUUAUUCAUUCAUUCGAUUUCCAAUGUUUCAAUAACAAAAAAGUGUUCUUUUGUGUGUGUGUGUGUUUCCCAACUUUUUUUGGCGGCUAAUUUGUUUUUUAAAAUCUUCUUAUCAUCAUUAUCACCAUUAUUACUACUGCUUUAUGUACAUUUUGUACAUUUUACUGUUUAUACAUAUGAAAUGGUCUAUUGACAACAACAACGCUACCACUACCACCACCACCACCAACAACAACAACAACAUUAUCAUUUCAAUAGUACCAUUGUUCAUUCCAAUAUACUUGUUCUUAUCAAUGAUGAUAUCAUACAUCCGCAGGAUUGAUGACAGUUCAUUGAGAUUUAUAAUGAAGAUCUUGCCUAUAAUAUUAUUACAUAAUGUAACCAAUAUAAAUGUAAUAUCUAUUACAUAACAUAUGUAAUCAUCUCUUAUAUAUACAUAGAUACAUGUAUGUUGUAUAAAUGAUUUAUUAUUUUAUAAGAAUAAAUAAAAGUAAUAAAAUUCUUGUAUUUACUUUUUCAAAUGUUAAGUCCUUUGAUCAAUAGUAUGUUAUUGUUAUUAUCGAUCUAUUAUUGUUCCAUUCUAUUUUAUGUACACUGUAGUUGUAUUCAAAUAAUUAACACAUUUUGUUUAUUUAUAUACUUGGUAACUAGUUUCUAUUCUUGACAAUACAAACAUUCAAUAUGUGAACUUAUUGUCAAUGGAUGUGUCUUAAAUUAUAGAUAAAGAAAAAAAAAACUUUCUUAUUGAUUAUUAAAAGAGUUUUAUAUGUUUGUUUAUUAUUAAAACUAGUUAAUCAAGAAGGCACCAAAUAGAUAUACACCACAUAAAUCAUUCGAUUUGUGUGAGGUUUAGGAUAUUGACCGGGUGCCAGUUGUGAG